AUGGCCGCCACUAGCCACAAGAUUGGCACCUUCUUCCUCCUGGGCGCCGUUGCCCUUCUCGUCGUCACAAACAUAACCGCGCCCGUGGUCAAGACCAUCUCGCUUUUGAGGAUAGACAUCAACAACUCGACCACCACGCCAGACCACCACCCGGUCCUGGUCCUCGGCACGUACGGCUACUGCAUAAGCAACAGCACCAGCGGUCAGCACAGCAAUAACGCCAACACGACCACCAGUGAAAACAGCAAUGAGACGACGACGACCAGCAACAGCAGCAGCAGCAGCAGCAGCACAGGCGGCAACCGCUGCUCGCCCUUGCAGUUUGGUUACAACACGGUCAGCGCGGUCGGCGACGCGGCGGGGCUACAGUUCACAGGCUCGGCGCUCGACACGGGCGCCGCCGCCUCCAAGCUGACGGUGCUGCACCCCAUCGCGGCCGGCACGUCGGCGCUCGCCGCCCUGCUGUCGUUCGGCGCCGGAAGCUCCGGCAGCUGCACGGCGACCUUUGUGGCGCUGCUGGCCCUGUCCAGCACCAUCGCCGCCCUCGUCGUCGACUUUGUCGUCCUCAACAUGAUCCGCUCCGGCCUAGACGAAACCCCCGCCGCCGGCGCCGCCGCCUCCUUCGGCCCUGGCAUGUGGACCCUCUUGGCCGCCGCCGCCCUGCUCCUGCUCGGAACCAUCAUGUCCCUGUUUGCUUGCUGCGGAGGCGGGCGGCGGAGCACGAGGGACGCCGGGUACUCCAAGGAGAUUGACGACUAG